CGUGACGAUGUGGAUGCGACGGCUCCCGGGAAGCAGGUCAGGUUGCCCGCUCGGAAGCCAUGCUUGGAUUUUAAUAGCCAUGUUCCACCUAGCCAUGGACCUUGCCAGCUGCCAGCCCCCAGCCACCACCGGCACUGCGGGGAAGCUCUCAGCACGGCCGGCGCUCCGGCACAGACUGUCCCGUGGCUCGCUGUGGGGCACGGGCAGCGGGGAAGAGCUCCAACGCCCCGGCCCCCCCUGGACCUGCGGCCCCGCGCCCCCUCUGCAGAGACCCCGCUCCCGCCGGCCGCCCCCCGCCGCCCCGCUGCCCGCCGGCCGCCCCCUGCGCCGGCCGCGCUCCCGGAGGGGCCGGCGGCACCUGCGCGGCCGCGGCUUCGCCCCCCGGGACGGGAGACCCACGGCGCUGCCCGAGGUCAUCGUCUGGGGCCCCACGGGCGAGGAGGACUCGCUGGAGAGCAGCACGCUGCCCGGCGCCUUCGCCACCACCACCGCCACCGCCACCGCCGCCGCCACCACCUCCGCCACCACUGCCGCCGCUGCCACUUCUGUCACGGCCGCCACGCCGCCCCGGGUGCCCCCCAGCACCGCGGCUCCCGCGGCCGGCGGGGACGGGCCCCGCGGCGGCCCCGGGCGCAGCAGCACCGCAGAGCCGGCCGCCGGGCACAGCAGCGGAGGCAAGGAUGCUCGGCCGCCGCGUGGGCUGGGGGACAGCACAGGUCUGGCUGUUCAUCAGAUAAUCACUAUUACCGUGUCUCUCAUCAUGGUCAUAGCUGCGCUGAUAACAACUCUUGUCUUAAAAAAUUGCUGUGCGCAGAGCGGGCGCCCCCGGCGCAACAGCCACCAACGCAAGCUGGACCAGCAGGAGGAGAGCUGCCAGAACCUGACUGACUUCGCCCCCGCCCGCGUGCCCAGCGCCCUCGACAUCUUCACCGCCUACAACGAGACGCUGCAGUGCUCCCACGAGUGCGUGCGGACCCCCGUGCCCGUCUACACCGAGGACACGUUGCACUCGCCCGGGGAUUAUAAAACCACCUUCAAUGGAAACAGACCCUCUUCUUCUGACCGGCAUCUUAUUCCCGUGGCCUUUGUGUCUGAGAAAUGGUUUGAAAUCUCCUGCUGACUGGCCGAAGCCUGUUUGACUUCUGGGGGCAGGGCAGACGCCAGCGGGCUGUUUCCUGGAUUCCAUUGGUGAACCUGUAAAAAAUAUAAAAAAAUAAUGGGUUACCUGUACCUACCAUUUCUGUUUACCAGUAGGAGACUCA